AUGGAUAUUCCAACAAUAAAUUAUUCUCAUUAUAAGAAAGAUUGGACUUCAUUAUUUACUCUUUGUAAAAGAACAACAAUAUAUUCUUUAACUUCUUCUCUUUCUUCAAUUCAUUUAUUAGAAUUUAUAUUAAAAGUAAAACGUUCUUCACAUUUAAAUUCUUCUUAUGAAAAAUUAGAUAUUAUAGAUGUAGAUGAUCUUGAUCAAACAAAUUAUUUUUCAUUAAACGAAGUAUUUAUUCAAGAUAUUGUAGAACUACUUUUGUUUAAUAAACCUGCACGAUUACGUAUGACUUCAUUACAACAAUACUCAUCUAAUUUCUUCAAAUUUUCAUUAGUUCCAAAAUUUGUUAGAAUGGUUUAA